AUGGACGUCGGCUUCUGGGGCUGCCUCUGCGCGCCCGGCAAGGGCGUCGGCCUGCCGGUGCAGAUCCCCGAGGUGUGCGUGUUCCGGGGCCACAGCCCGCUGGGCUGGUACUUCACCGACCAGGCGGGUGUCGUGGCCGAGCGCUCCUGCGCCGCACCGUCCUUCCUCGACGACCUCGAGGAGUGCCUGCUUGGUGCCGCCGCGGAGCGCUCGGCAGGCGGGCACGGCCUGCAGGCCACCGGCGGCGUGGUGGCCUUGCUGCGGCGGGUGGCCGAGCGCGGGCAGGCGCCCGGCAUCACGGCGCUCGACGCGCCGCAGCUCCGCGAACUGCUCGAGCAGGUCCGGCGGGGUGCCCACGUGGCCGACGUCUGGAGCCUCCAGGCCGCGGUGCCUCCGGAGGGCAACGCUAGAUACUUGUCAGUUUACACGUGCGACACCAUGGGUGUGGAGGGCAGUGACGUCUUCGGUCGGCCUUUCGACAGGCUGUACGCCAGUCUGCGGCACGCGCCCGACGUCCCGCCGCCGCUGCCCGCGGAACCCGCCGGCCAGCUCGGAGUGCCAGGCCCGCUGCGGGCGGCUGCGCAGGCCAAGACGUUGGGCAUCGUCAG